GGGUUCUUCGAUGUGGAGGAAGAUGCUUAAGCUGAGAGAGGUAGCUAAAAAUUUCUAUAAGAUGGAGAUUGGAAAUAGAAGACACAUCUCGUUUUGGUACGAUAAGUGGUCUGAUAAGGGUAUUAUAGCAGAGGUUUUGGGUGAUAGAGGGAUGAUUGGUUUGGGAAUAAGGAAAGAAGCUACGCUAGCAGAGGCUGCAUUGAGAUUCAGACGUAGAAGGAAGCACCGGUUAGAAGUUCUGAAUGAGUUGGAGAGGAGUUUAGACACUGUGAGAAGUUUGAUCUGUAAUGAAAGUGAAGACAUAAGUACAUGGAGAGGUAAAACGGGUUACAAACCAAACUUUUCAACUCGUGAGACUUGGGAUGAAUUACGAGAGGUAAAUGAGAAGCAGAUGUGGGCUAAAGGAGUUUGGUUUUCUAUGGCGACUCCGAAAUUUGCUUUCAUAGUCUGGUUGGCAAUGAAGAACAACAGAUUAUCUACUAUGGAUAGAAUCGCCAAAUGGAGCCAAGGAGUAGACACUGUGUGUGUGCUCUGUCAUACUGAAGCAGAAACCCAAGAUCAUUUACUUUUCAAAUGCUCUUAUUCUGGCCAGUUAUGGAGGUAUCUAGUGGGUGGGAUUCUUGGCAGUUCUUAUAUGGAUGGUUGGACUGAGAUAGCGCAGAAGACAUCGGGUAGAACACUGGAUAAGAAGAGUUUAUUUUGCUUGAGAUAUGCAUUACAGGCUGCUACUUAUGCAAUUUGGCGAGAGAGAAACAGAGUGAAGCAUGGGGAGAGACUAAUGCCAUUGGACAUUCUGAAAAAAGAUCACUGAAAAAGGGAUCAGAAACAAGCUUAGUUUGAUUAGAAUGAAGGGCGGGAGAGGUAUGGAGAAUACUCUCCAAUAUUGGUUCCAAACAAGAGGAGUAUAGUUGAUGCAAAUUUGCUUGUUUUUUGAAUUUUAUGGUUUGAAGUUUGAGGGUUAAGUAUAUCUCUAGGUCCACACAAGUUGUAAGAAGGGUAUUAUAGGAGAGGUUUUGGGUGAUAGAGGGAUGAUUGGUUUGGGAAUAAGGAAAGAAGCUACGCUAGCAGAGGCUGCAUUGAGAUUCAGACGUAGAAGGAAGCACCGGUUAGAAGUUCUGAAUGAGUUGGAGAGGAGUUUAGACACUGUGAGAAGUUUGAUCUGUAAUGAAAGUGAAGACAUAAGUACAUGGAGAGGUAAAACGGGUUACAAACCAAACUUUUCAACUCGUGAGACUUGGGAUGAAUUACGAGAGGUAAAUGAGAAGCAGAUGUGGGCUAAAGGAGUUUGGUUUUCUAUGGCGACUCCGAAAUUUGCUUUCAUAGUCUGGUUGGCAAUGAAGAAUUAACAGAUUAUCUACUAUGGAUAGAAUCGCCAAAUGGAGCCAAGGAGUAGACACUGUGUGUGUGCUCUGUCAUACUGAAGCAGAAACCCAAGAUCAUUUAUUUUUCAAAUGCUCCUAUUCUGGCCAGUUAUGGAGGUAUCUAGUGGGUGGGAUUCUUGGCAGUUAUUAUAUGGAUGGUUGGACUGAGAUAGCGCAGAAGACAUCGGGUAGAACACUGGAUAAGAAGAGUUUAUUUUGCUUGAGAUAUGCAUUACAGGCUGCUACUUAUGCAAUUUGGCGAGAGAGAAACAGAGUGAUGCAUGGGGAAAGACUAAUGCCAUUGGACAUUCUGAAAAAGAUCACUGAAAAAGGGAUCAGAAACAAGCUUAGUUUGAUUAGAAUGAAGAGCGGGAGAGGUAUGGAGAAUACUCUCCAAUUUGGUUCCAAACAAGAGGAGUAUAGUUGAUGCAAAUUUGCUUGUUUUUUGAAUUUUAUGGUUUGAAGUUUGAGGGUUAAGUAUAUCUCUAGGUCCACACAAGUUGCUUUUUUGAAUAAAUUUAAAAUUCAUUCAAAAAAAUGAUUUAGUAAGAUUAAUUUUUUUUUAUAUAAUAAAUUUAAGAUAAUUAUGAAAAUAGUUAUCAUUUAAAGGUAAAUUUGAAAAAUGAUCUUGAAUUCGAAGUAAAGUUAGAAUUCUCCCAAAAAUCAUUCAAGUAGAGCAUUACAAAGAAUCAAUUAAAGAGAGCGUUAAAUUAAUAUAUUCUAUGAUCGAAAGAGAAUUCCUAAAGAAUCACCCAAAGAUAAUUCCUAAAAACUCUGUCUGAGAGUUAACAUUAUGAUAUAAAAUUGAAAUUCACCAAACUUGAGAUCACAAGAUGAUCAAGAGAUUCCAAACUUAUUGCUAUUCUAACGUUCUAAAAGUUAAACAAAGAAACAAAUAAUUCAAAUUUAAUGAAUAUGGUAGUUGGAGGAGAUCGUGGUGUAAUCAGUCCAGACAAAGAAAGUUGGUGUGAUGAUUAUUUAUUGAAUCUUGAGAGCUUGAGCAUAAACAUAAGAUGUCUUGGAUUGUCUUGAUUCAUGAGAAAGCCUCCAGGAUGCAGCAAUAAUGAAGAUAUGGUGCACCAAAUUUAAGCAAAAAAAAGAAUGAAGAUAUGUCAGUUGUAAAUAUGUAAACAAUGAUCCAAAUAUGAAAAAUGAUUCUUUUAAUUGAUUUGCAUGAUUUGUGUUUGCUGAUGCAUCAGAAGAUGCUUGAUAACUCUCCUUAAUGAUUUAAUGUAUCAAUGUGUUUCUUGGUAAGCCAAAAUCUGGUUUUCAAGUAAUUUACUCGUGAUCUUCUAAAUAAAGCAAGUCGAGAAUAAAUCGGUUUAGAAGUUGAAUAAUUUUUAAAACAUAAUGAAUUGCAUCAUGAAUCUAAUUCGUCGUGUGCUUCUCAUGAGUUGAGAAUUCAGUACUCAAAGAUUAUUGUUUUGUUCUGGUUUGGUCGUAAUGCCCUCAAAGAGUACUCAUGUGUCUUCGUCUGGUUUAGUAACGUUCUGCCGGAUUAUAUCUUCAAUAUUUUUUCAUGGUGAAUAUUUUGGGGAUGAUUCUUCUUCUUAGUGUGAUCUAGAUGAGUUGAAUAUGUUUGUGUUAGUUGAGUGAGCAUGUCUGACACAGGUGUUUUUUGGGCUUAACUCAACUUGACAUUCUCCUCUCUAUGGCUCAUGACUAUUUGCUCCAUAAAUGAUGAUGACUUAAUGUUCUUAUCACAUUAUUCUAUCAAACUUCAAUCUUCUUAAAUCGGCUUUUAGAAAAUAGAUUGGUGUUCUUAAUUUAAAAAAUUAUUAAGAUCCGCAUUUUGGGCGGAAUAAAUAAUGCAUGUAAAAAUACUUUUAUGUAAUAUUAUUUAUUUGCGUUCUUUUAAAUAUUAUGAAAUAAUAAAAUAAUAAAUAUAUAUUAAAUUUUAUAAGUCAGUUACUGUUACAUAUAUAAAUAAAUUGAUGUCAGAGUAUAAAUUGUUUAUUUACAAUCAUUUUAUAAUAACUAAAUCUAAACAAUCGAUUUUAUCUAUUUUAUGUGAUAUAUAAUUAAAAUUAUAUGAUAUUAACAUAGAUAAAUAAUAUAUUUUAAUAUAAUUAUUUAUUAAAUGAAGCUUCCAACUCAUAUAGUUUCAUGCUCAUUUAUUUUUCAGAAAUUUGGGAAAAGAAAACAAAACAACAACUACUUUGUCCCCUUAGAAUUAAAACACAAAUCUUUGUCCCUAUAGUAUAAACAAUAAUGCUAAUCCCGUUUUGUCCAUUCUAUUAAUUUCGAAAUACAUAUAUUAAAAAAGUCAUGUAAUUUACUGAGGAAGUAAAUAAAAAGUAAAAAAAAAUACAGAGUAAAAAAUCAUAACAUGUCGUUGACUCCUAUUUUCCUUUCUCUCUAACAAAGAGGCGGCGAUUAGGUUUCGUUAUCGAAGCCAUCUUCUCCGGCCGUCUUAGUUCGUCGGAGACCUUGAACUCAUCGUCACAUCUCUCCUUCGUCCUCCUUCUUUCUUCUCUCCUCUCUAAACACGACAGAGUAGGAUUACUUUGCAAUCUCCGCCGGCUACAAUUGAAGUUGUUCAAGCUCGGGAAAAGCUUCUUGUCGCUGAUAAAGGACGAUUAGCUUCACGUUGUUCUUCUCUUCCUCUUACUUCAUCUCGGUUCCAAAAUCGUUGAGGUUAGGCUUUCGAAAGGCCCUUUAUGUUUUUUUUUUGUGUUGAUCUUAAUUUCUUUAUUUGCAUGUACUAGAUUUAAGCUCUUCUACGGACGAAGAGAUUGACGUUGUUCGAAUUUCAUCUCGGUUUCUCUUUCCCUAAAAUUGAAGGUAAGGUUUUGCGGGUUUUGAGAUCUCCUUUUGGAUUUUUUUUAUUGAUUUUGUUGAUGUUCAUAUUGCGAGAUUGAGUUUUAGUUUGAUUUCCUUAAGGCAUUACUAACGAGUUGAAGUUAUUGCUAUUAUGUUUUAUAGGAAUGGCGUACGAGUUUCCACAACGCAUACUUGAAGAAGGUUUGAGACGCAAAUUGAUAAGAUCAACAAUACGUGUAGACGUACAAUUCUGGAGGAAGUGAAGGGUGUUCUCAACAUUGAGUAUGAGGAAGUUUUGAAAGAUCAUGUCUUCGGUCCGCUUCUGGCAAUCAUAGAGAACAAGCUCAUCUACUCAGCGAAGAUCAUUCAUAGCUUCAUAUGCAAGCAGCUCAAGGUUUCGAAGCUUCACGAGCUGUGGUUUCUAUUUGCUAAGAGGCCUCUUAGAUUCUCUGCGCAAGAAUUUCAUGCUGUUACAGGAUUGAAGUUCAAAGAUGAACCUGACAUAAACUUCAAUGAUUGGAAGGAUGAUAAGGGGUUCUGGAGCAAUGUGCUGAGGAAAAAUAGAACGGUCAACUUAUUGAUGAUAAAGACGAAGCUUCUUAACAAAUGCAACAAGUGGACGUAUGUGGACAGGGUUAGGCUAGUGUAUCUGUGCGUCAUACAUGGAUUCCUCAUAGCUAAGGAUUCAAGAGUGUUUAUCCCACAUGAAUACAUCCGUUUGGUGAUGGAUUUUGAGAAGAUGAGGAUGUAUCCGUGGGGUCUUCACGCGUAUGACGAGCUGCUUGCAUCAAUACUCAAAGCAAGGAAAGAUUUACAUCUGAAGAACAGUUACGUGUUGGAUGGAUUCUCCUAUGCGUUUCAGAUAUGGGUUAUGGAGGCAAUCCCAGACAUUGGUAGUAUGGUGGGUAAGAAGAUCAAAAAGAACAUGACCAAAGUGAGAUGUAGGAAUUGGAAAGGAAGUGGGAAAGUUUCCUACGCAGAUAUCAGCAGCCUAGAGUCCCACUUUAAUAAGGGAGAGUUGUUCCCAUUUAUAUAUGCUACUGGGAACAAUGAUGUGGUUGAUAGCACUGAGUUCUAUAGGGAAGAUGAGAAGACAAAUGAAAGAAUUGGUCGCAUUGUUACUCUUCUCAAUGCCAAACAAGAUUGGACAGAUUUCGUAUGGGAAGUCGAGGAUUUGCCUCCAACUUUGGAGCUUUCUGAUUCAGAGAAUGAUGGAGAGAAUGUUGAAGUCGAAGAUGUCACAGAUACUCAUGUUGACGAACCGGCUGUUGUUGCAAGAAGAGGAAAGCGUAAGCUAAAUGAUCCUGGUGCGGAGGCUCGAAAGAAAGAACUGCUUUGUCAACGGGCAGCUGAACAUAAUAGUGGUAUCUCCAGUGGAAUGAAGACUUUCAUUGAAGGUUUGUUUACCUCUAGUACCUGCAGCUCUUCUAGUUUCUGGAGGGAGGACUUUCGCUUGCUGUACGUGAGAUGGGACAAUCCAUGCAUCUUUCGGAACACUUAUAGGAUUUAUGCUUUCCUCAUAAAUCGAUCUCCAUGAAGCAGUGGUGUACAUGUCGUCAGUGAGUGUGUGUGCUUGUAUGCCUACGCUGAA